GUGGGAGGAGAGAACGAAAAUUGGCGGCUCAACAGCUGAUGAACUGACUAGCGUUGUUUCAAUCGCUCUCUUGUCACAAGGUCGUUCCAGCCACUGUUUCCACUUGAUGUUCCAGGAACGUGGACCCUCCAAGGAUCUAUCAGGAAUUACCGAGUGACAACACUAGCUCUUUCCAACAAUAUCUAGUCCUCCACUUCCUCAACCGCAGUCAAAAUGUCGACUACAAGAUUCUCAGGAAUUGAAAUGGGUCCGCCCAUCGAGAUUUUCGCGUUGAAUAAAAAAUUCCUGGAAGACAACUUCGAAAAGAAAGUCAAUCUGACAAUCGGUGCGUAUCGUACAAACGAGGGGAAGCCCUGGGUUCUCCCAGUAGUGAAGAAAGUAGAGAAAAAUAUGGCAGAUGAUGAGCUCCAGAAUCAUGAAUAUCUCCCUGUACUCGGGCUGGACGCCCUAAGUCAAAAUGCAGUGGAGAUGCUGUUGGGAAAAAAUUCUCCAGCGAUUCUCCAGGGACGAGCUUUUGGAGUGCAAUCUCUCUCAGGAACUGGUGCCCUUCGUGUUGGCGCCGAGUUCCUCUCCAGAAUCCUGCACUACGAUACGUUCUACUACAGCAAACCCACUUGGGAAAAUCAUAAACUCAUUUUCACGAAUGCUGGGUUCAAGAAGGGGUGCGAGUAUAGAUACUGGGAUCCUGUUAAUCGAAGUGUUGAUAUCGAGGGGAUGCUCGAGGAUCUCAGCAAUGCUCCGGAGAACUCUGUUAUCAUUCUUCAUGCUUGUGCUCAUAAUCCAACGGGCUCUGAUCCAACUGCUGAGCAGUGGGAAAGAAUUGCUGAUGUUAUUCAGAAAAAAAAACUUUUUACCUUCUUUGAUAGUGCCUAUCAAGGAUUUGCCAGUGGUGAUUUGGAUCGCGAUGCCUACGCAGUGCGCCUCUUCGCAGAGCGUGGUAUUGAAUUUCUAGGUGCGCAGAGUUUCGCCAAGAAUUUUGGCCUCUACAACGAGCGUGCUGGAAAUCUCGCUGUGGUAAUGAAUAACGCGAAAGAAAUAGCUCAAGUCAAAUCUCAAUUGACACUCAUCGUUCGAGGAAUGUACAGCAAUCCACCGAAUCAUGGGGCACGAAUUGUGGCUUCGGUUCUGGGGAAUGCAGAUCUUUAUGAAGAAUGGAAAGACCAUAUUCGUACAAUGGCUAACAGAAUAAUUGACAUGCGACGGAGAUUGUACGAGAGACUCAUGAAGCUUGGAACUCCAGGCACGUGGGAGCACAUAACGAAACAAAUUGGAAUGUUUUCGUACACUGGACUGACAGAAAUACAAGUAGAGCACCUGAGGAAUCACUAUCACAUCUACAUGGCCCGAAGCGGACGCAUAAAUAUGUGCGGCCUCAACGAACACAAUAUGGAAUACGUGGCGAAGGCAUUUCACGAAACAGUCGUCUCACUGCCGGAUUCUGGAAAUCAUUAAUUACUGACUCAUAUAUGUGGACGUCCGCAUAAAAAGGGCGUAUACUUGGCCAUAUCACCUGUAUUUCAAGACAAACCGGGACCCUCUAAGUUGAAAAAUCGUGGAGUGAUAAAUAUUUGAAGUUGAAUAUUCAAAAAUCAAGAAAAGGUGGCCCUUUUUAUUUUUUCCUAAAAGUCAAAAUAAUUCAUUUCUAGUUGAGAUAAUAAGACUCAACACGUCUCAUUCGAUGCAGGAAGAGUUCUAGGGAAGUCUGAGAUGGUAACUAAAAAGGAUAAUUUUUAGCCCUUUGCAAAAAAUGCGAAUCUCAGACACUAGGAUCGAGCGAAUGGGCCCUUUUCAUGCAGACGUGAGCCACAUAUGCUAGCGGAUCGGAUCGAUUUGGCCUGCACCAUGGCCGAAGAAUAUUGAAAUUUAACGAGUUUAGUGUACGUUGAGUAGUUUUCCAUGGCUAUGUGUGUGCACUCCAAGACUCAAUACAAAAGAACCUUCCAUUUAGAAGCAAAAAUGAUAGAUCAUUAUAAAUAAAUAGUCCAGAUAUGAAAUUGGUGACUGAAAAUCCAGGGUAAACAGUGGAGCAUUGACAGUUGUCAUUGCGAAUUAUCCAAAUGAAAAUUAUUGACCAGCAGAUUGUUCCAGAAACGUAUCACAAUAAUGAGUACAAAAAUUAGAAAUACUUAAUCAUAGAACAACCAGAGAUUUUGUAAAUGUUGAAUAAACAUUGUAACACGUGUGCCAAAGAGAAAUAGCAUGUGGAAUCAACGUCAAGUCACCGA